AUGAUUAUGGAGAAUGAACAUACAAAUUUAAAAAAAUGUGAAAAACUGAAUCACGUACCAAGGUUUCCAGUACAUCCUUCAAGUUCUUCACAACACGAUACUAAGUUUUCCAAAACAUAUUUAAAUAAAGAUAAAAAGGUACUCUCAGCUGGGAUGCUGCUGUAUUAUUUAGCAGCUAUAUUCAAAGGGUUACACCCUCGAGUAGACGACGACUUCGUUGACAAAUUAAAUUACCAUUAUACUUCAGCCAUUAUUUUUGCCUUUGCAAUUAUUGUAUCAGCUAAACAAUAUGUUGGUUAUCCUAUUCAAUGUUGGGUUCCAGCACAAUUUACAGAUGCAUGGGAACAAUAUACUGAAAAUUAUUGUUGGGUUGAAAAUACUUAUUACCUACCAUUAACAAGUGCAUUUCCAUUAGAAUAUGGUGAUCGUAGAGCUCGCCAAAUAAGUUAUUAUCAAUGGGUACCUUUUGUUUUAGCUUUAGAAGCAUUAUUAUUUUAUGUACCAUGUAUAAUGUGGAGAGGACUUUUACAUUGGCAUUCUGGAAUAAAUGUACAAAGUUUAACACAAAUGGCUUGUGAUGCACGAAUGAUGGAUACAGAUGCCAGAGCAGCAACUGUUCAAACAAUUGCUGGACAUAUGGAAGAUGCUCUUGAAAUACAAAGAGAAGUAACUGAUGUUUCUAGCAUGUGUGUUGGUCAACGUUGGGGAUCAUAUGUUACAUGCUUAUAUGUAUUUAUUAAAAUGCUAUAUUUAGUAAAUGUCGUAGGACAAAUAUUUUUAUUAAAUGUUUUCUUAGGAACAGAUAAUCUUUUUUAUGGUUUUCAUAUAUUAAAAGAUUUAUUAAAUGGAAGAGAAUGGGAGAUAAGUGGAAAUUUUCCUAGAGUAACUAUGUGUGAUUUUGAAGUUCGUGUUCUAGGAAAUGUACAUCAUCAUACUGUACAAUGUGUCUUAAUGAUAAAUAUGUUUAAUGAAAAAAUAUUUUUAUUUUUAUGGUUUUGGUUUUUUAUGGUAUCAAUAGUAUCAACAUUUUCAAUGGCACAUUGGAUGUUAAUUUCAUUCCUUCCAGGACAGCAUAUGAAAUUUGUGCGCAAAUAUCUUAGAGCAACAGACUUAGCAACAGAUCGACAAUCUGUUAAAAAAUUUGUCCAUAAAUUUCUUGGAUUUGAUGGUGUAUUUUGUAUGCGAAUGAUAAGUGCUCAUGCUGGUGAUAUCAUGGCUACAGAAUUAAUUGUAGCAUUAUGGCAUAAUUUCAAUGACCGUGUUCGAAAAAGUCCAAUUGAAAUGUUUGAGGGAGGUGUAAGUCAAAGUCCUUCUAAAUUAGACGCAAACUUUAAAACAUGGUUAUUAGGGCAAACAAGAGGCAAACCCCAAUUUGACGGUUCAAAUCCUACAAGAGGAAAAAAAAGAAGAAAAUCAGAUGGAUAUUUUACAUUUGUUUAA